ACACAUUAAUUAAUAAAAUAAUGAGCUUUGAAUCUAUAAACACAUUGAUGUAUGUUGUAGAUUUGUUUUAUUAAGACCCUACACUCUUAUCUUGUGAAUACAGUUUAUAUUACCACUUAUAUUAUGCUUUUUAACUCUCAAGCUGCUGUAGCUUAAUGGACGAAAAGCUGCAGGAAGAGUUUAAGGCUCAGCAUCACUUCACAAAGGAAGGGUUUAUUACAAAUGAAGGACUAAAUCCGACAGUGGAAAUGUAAUUCAAACAAAGAGUAACAAUGUUUCAACGAUACUUUUUUUUAAAAACAAGACAGUUUUACUCUUGUCGAUUGCGGCUACAGAAGAAACUGUGCAAGUCUGUUGUCGUUCAAGAACUUUUAUUUUGAAAGCAAACGCUCUACACUGCGCAGCAUCGUCACUUCCGGGUGGCAGGGCAGACAGGCUGCUGAUUCACACCCAGAAGUGAAACAACAUCCAGUAUUUAUACAAUAUAAACAUGUCGCUGUGAUAAACCGUGGGAACUUAGCGACAGUGCUUUCUGGCAGGUUAACAUGGUCCCCACAGACUUUACAACCCUGAUCCAGAGGUUCUAUCACCUUCAGUCUGAGCGGGUGGAGACGUAUCAGCUCUUCGACGAAGGACAUGAGGCCUACUUGAGGACAGGGCCCCAUUAUGACUUUGACCACUACAGGCAGCUGGUCAAUGAGAUAACGCAGGCCUUCUGCGGCAUCUCCAAGGAAAUGCUGGAGAUCAAGGGGAAGCUGCACCACGAGUUCGACAGGCCGGCCCUUUCUGAGCACAUCGAAAAGCUGCAGAGCAAAGAGAAGCAGAAACUUGAACUGACAGCCAAGCUGCAGCUGGCCAGGCAGCGGGCCCAGGAUCACCCGGAGGACGCGGACUGUCAAGAACAGAUUCAGGAGAUCAAGCACGAGAUCAUCAAGAACAAAGAGGCCCUGAGUGAAAUCAUGCAGGACUUUAAGUAUGACUCUGAGGAGUUUGAUUGACAGGUGGCUCCCAGGAGGCGGAGACGACGGAUCGGCUCUGCUGCAAACUUCCAUCUUUGACUCCUGAGCUGCACCUAUCGAUCCCUCUCUGGCUCCGCCCUGCUCGCUGCAGCAGUCCUACUCCACCCAGGGGACUUUUCACAUUCUGGCUCUGUGUGUUUGUACUUGUAGUCAUGUGUUUUUGUUAAUGCACACCUCAGCAAAAAAAAAAAAAAAAAAAAGAGAAAGAAAUGUAAAUACUCAAUAAUUCCUGGUGGUUCAUUCCAGCUUCUUUGUUUACUUGAUGAGUUGUAUUUUUAAAUAAUAAAAAAAGAGAAGUUUG